CCUCAUUGAACAACUUUUUUUAAAUUUUUUUUUGUUUAAUUCAUCUUUUUCGUUUAGUGAGUUUAAUAGUCGUUGAAUUAGGCGUUUUGAGUCUCUAAAAGUUUUGAGCAAAAACGGGAUAGACUUGAAACAUUUUUCUCGAUAAAAUUCAACUUGAAAGGCUAAUGAUGUGAGAGAGAUAAAAAUUCAAAAAAUAAGUUCAAUGAGACGGUUACUACUAUCACUUUUAGUUAAAGAAAACUGAUAAAAAUGAGUGUAUCUGACUUAAAUUUUUCUCCUAUUGCUCAGGAUAAAGAAGUCUCGACUUAUCGCGCACGAAGUCUCAGUCCAUUUUUUGUUAAAAACUUUGAAGAAGAAAAGUCUGAAGAAAAGAAAAUUAUCGUUAAACCUUCAAGGAAGAGAGGGUUUACUAACACAAGAACGAAAAGAAGCAGAUACACAAGGCCAACAUCAAAGGCUAGGUUAACUCAACAGGAGGAGAUUAAACAACAACUUUCUGCUACUUAUGCACUUAUUGAAGCGAAAAAACGAAAGGAUUGGGUUGGGAACAUCGAUGAAACGACGAAUUCGAGUAAUGAUAUGGAAGGAAGUGAAGGAGUUAAUCCAUCAUUAGACAUUAAUUUGGACGACAAACCUACGUGUUCAAAAGACGUCUUAAAUGAUGUUGAAACUGGGAGUGAUUCAACGCAAAUUGGACUCAUUGAUGAAGAUGAAGCACGUAAAAUUGAUAUGCUGCUAAAUUCAAAAGCUCCAGAAGAAGAAGAAGAAAAUGGUCAUGCAAGUGAAGCUUCGGCUGAUCGGAGCAAUACUAGCACUCCAUCUCCGGCAACUAGUGACCUUUUGUUGAUAAAUCGUCCACACCGUUCGCGUCGUCCGAAUACGAGAUACGAUAUUUAUGAAAAUGUUGGAAUUGUUGGCAGUGGUGAGAAGGGAGGACGGAAGCAACGAUCAGGAACACCAAAGCAAAAGUCCGAAAAAACACCAACAAAACAAGAACCAAAAAGUCCGGAAAAAACUGCGAAAAGAACACCAAUGAAAGUGUUUUCUGCUGGUAAACGAAGAAUUUUGUCUCACGGAACCGCUGAACGCAGAAUGAGACAGAAGCGUCAAAAAAUCCCAAUUGUUACAUCGAGUGCAGAAGCUGUUCACCAAGAAAACGUUGAUCUUACUAAAGUAAAGAAGGCGCCUCAAGCAGUAACUGUACCGACAACUGCAGCAGCAGCUCUCCGCGAAUUUCGAGAUUUUGUUCUUCCCGAUUCAAUAAAGACUGAUAAAUCUGGAAGUGAAACACCGACAGAAUUUUCAAAUGGUGCUAGAGGAGGAAGCGUUGCGGCAACAACUAAACAACAAAUUGAUCGUAUGUUGGACGAAAUUUGUGGAACUGACUCAAACUCUGCGAAUGAGGAGCAAUCUGAAACUCCACCAGUUUUAACAAAGGAGAAGCAACAAUUCCCCUCUGUUAUUACUGAUCGGUACAAAGAAGAACUGGUACUAUACACUCCACGGGCUAAAGUGCUUAAAGAGACGAAGACUAAAACUUCGACCACUUCUGACAAAUCAUCUUCUCAUCGAAAACAAAAUUUAAACGAAUUAGCCAAUGAAGAAGCGGAUGGAGAACUUUCAGUCCUUGGAACUAGUAAUGCGAAAGAAAAGAUAACUAAAUUUUCUCCAUCAGUAUCCAAUACAUCUGGAAAUCGUCCGUUACCACCGCCAAAACCUAAAGAUCUUGCUCAAAUUCCAGUUUAUUUAACGGAAACGCAGCGUGAUCUUUUCUUUAAGCCAUUGAAACCGCUUUUCAAUAAGAAUGUCAGUUCGGAUGGAUUAUGUCAAUGUGGAGAAUGUGGUGAUGUUCGUAAAAAUAUUAAGGAUGGGCGUCGUCAUAUGGUUUCGCAUAUUAGAGUUAUUCGUGUUCGUUGUUCGCUUUGUGAUGCUGGUGCAUUCUUCUGCUCUGAUAUGCGUGUUCAUUUAAUGUAUAGAUAUUGUGAGAAAUUAAAUUUGGCACCUGAUGAAUUUGUUGCACCGGGAGCAGACGUUCCGUGUAUGGAUAAGGAAAAGGCUGAUAUGCUCACGCAGCUGGUUGAUCCUUAUAAUCCUGGCCGUAUAAUGUAUUCAACUGGAAAAAUUGUUAGUUGGACAAAUCCAAGACCGUAUUAUCCAGAUCCAAAAAUUGAACGAAAUAUUUUGGGACCAGUACUUCCAGGGUAUGUUUCAAGCCCGCAUCCAUCGCCAAAGAAGAAACCAGUUCGUUCCGCGAUCCUUUCUUCGCCGAAAAAGUCUGUUUCUGUUACUCAUUCAAAGGAAUUGGAGAUAAAGAAACAAGAAUCAGAGCAAGAAAAGGAGGACAAAUCGUCACAACAAAAACUUCAAGAAGGCGAUGAAUCAAUUCAGCGCAAUCAAGUUGUAAAGGGAGGAGGGGAGACGGGAGAAAGUGUUGAAGGUGACGAUGGCAAUAAUUGCAAUACAACUCUUCCUACAGAUUCAAAUAAUCGAGAUCAUUCGUAUUUGUAA